GGCACGUGCCGCGGGUCAGCUGAGCGCGCCGCGCUCGGGCCGCGCGGGGCCAUGGCGUCCAUCCUGGACGAGUACGAGGACGCGCUGCACCGCUCCGUGUCCGUGCCGCAGGGCCGCGCCAGCGUGGGCAUCCCGCACUCCGGAUAUGUCAAUGCACGACUGGAGAAGGAAACGCCAAUAUUUAACAAGCAGAGGAUUGAUUUUGCUCCUCCAGAGAAAAUUAACAGCUUAGUGGUCUCCUCUAACCAGCUCUGUAUGAGCCUUGGGAAAGACACCCUUCUCAGGAUUGAUCUUGGGAAGCCAGAUGAACCUAAUCAGGUGGAGCUGGGACGCAAAGAUGAAGCCAAAGUCUACAAGAUGUUUUUGGACCACACAGGCUCUCAUCUCCUGAUUGCUCUGAACACCAGCGAAUGCCUUUACCUGAACAGAAGUGUUCAGAAAGUGCGGGCACUCUCCCGCUGGAAAGGACACUUGAUUGAAAGUGUGGGCUGGAACAAAUUUCUUGGUUCAGAAACCAACACAGGGCCUAUCCUGGUGGGGACUUCCCAGGGACAGAUCUAUGAGGCUGAAAUCUCUGUCAGUGAAGGAAGCCUCUUCAGCACUAACCCUGACCAGUACUUCCGACAGGUCUACACUCUGGAGGAGGAAUCUGGACCUGCCCCAGUCUGCUGCUUGGAAAUUGAACGAGGGCUAGAAGGGAAAUUUUUUAUUAUAGCCACCACUAGGAAGAGACUCUUUCAGUUUGUUGGCAAAGUGCCUGAAGGGACAGAGCAGCAAGGCUUCAGCUCCAUAUUUGCCAUGCAUGCUGACCAUCUGCCCAGCUUUCGGGAAUUUCCAGCCAACUUGGGUUUCAGCGAGAUAGCCUUUUACACUCCAAAACUGCGUUCCAACCCACGCUCCUUCGCCUGGAUGAUGGGAAACGGUGUUCUAUAUGGUACAUUGGAUUAUAGUCGUCCUGAUUCAAUUCUGAGUGACGAACGGGUCUGGGUUUAUCCUCCUGACAUUGACAUAACUGUGAACAAGCCAAUAUCCAUUGUGCUUACCCAGUUCCACUUUCUGUUGCUGCUGCCUGACCGGGUGAAGGCUGUCUGCACUCUGAAUGGACAGGUUGUUUUUCAGGAUCUGUUCCUGGAGAAGUUUGGCUUGCUGACACGCAUGAUUAAAGAUCCCACAGUCCAGCAGAUAUGGAUCCACACUGAGAAAGUAGUGUUCCGCUACCAUGUCCAGCGGGAAUCUAGAGAUGUGUGGAAGAUGUAUAUGAAUAUGAACAAAUUUGAUUUAGCAAAAGAGUAUUGUAAGGACCGUCCAGAGUGUCUUGACAUCGUGUUGGCCAAAGAGGCAGAGCACUGCUUCCAAAACAAGAGGUAUCUGGACAGUGCCAAAUGUUAUGCGCUGACCCAGAACUACUUUGAGGAAAUUGCUCUGAAGUUCAUUGAAGCCAAGCAAGAAGAGGCCCUGAUGGAGUUUCUGAUUAAGAAGCUGAGUAACCUAAAGCCUUCAGAGAAGACACAGACUACUCUGCUGACCACGUGGUUGACAGAGCUGUACCUGAACUGGCUGGGCAUAUUGCAAGGAGAUCCCUCACAGCGAAAUCUCUAUUUGGAUACACGGGAGAAGUUCCGCACUUUCCUGAGCAGUCCUAAAAACAAAGACUGUCUUUUUAAUAAUCGGGCAUCUAUUUAUGAGCUGUUGGCAAGCCAUGGCGACACAGAGCACAUGGUCUACUUUGCAGUCAUCAUGCAGGAUUAUGAGCGGGUAGUAGCUCACCACUGCCAGCACGACGAGUACGAUGAGGCUCUGAAUGUGCUGUCCAGGCACAGGGAUGAGAAACUCUUCUACAAGUUCUCUCCGGUUCUCAUCCAACAUAUUCCCAAGAAGGUGGUUGACGCUUGGAUUUCUAUGGGCUCUAGACUGGAUGCCAGGAACCUCAUUCCAGCCCUUGUUAACUACAGCCAGAGUGCCAGCACCCAGCAGAUCAAUGAAGCCAUCAGAUAUAUGGAGUUCUGUGUCUACCAGCUGGAGGAAACCCAGCAAGCCAUUCACAACUACCUGUUAUCUCUUUAUGCUUUGUGUCGGCCAGACUCACUGUUGUCAUACCUGGAGCAAGCAGGAACCAACCCAAACAGGAUCCACUAUGACCUGAAGUAUGCACUACGCCUGUGUGCAGAGCAUGGGCACCACCGUGCAUGUGUCCACAUUUACAAAGUGAUGGAAUUAUAUGAGGAGGCUGUGGAUCUCGCCUUACAGGUGGAUGUUGAUCUUGCCAAGUCCUGUGCAGAUCUUCCUGAAGAUGAUGAGGAGCUCCGGAAGAAGCUGUGGUUGAAGAUCGCUCGCCAUGUUGUUCAGGAAGAGAAAGAUGUCAAAAAGGCAAUGGCCUGCCUCUCCAGCUGUGCUCUGCUGAAGAUUGAAGAUGUGCUGCCAUUCUUUCCAGACUUUGUCACUAUUGACCAUUUCAAGGAGGCAAUCUGUAACUCCCUGGAGGAUUACAACAAGCACAUUGAGGAGCUGAAAAGGGAGAUGGAGGAAGCCACGCAGAGUGCCAAGAGGAUCCGAGAGGACAUCCAGGAAAUGAGAAAUAAGUAUGGCUCUGUGGAGCCUCAGGAAAAAUGUGCUGCUUGUGACUUUCCACUUCUAAACCGCCCUUUUUACCUUUUCCUGUGUGGUCACAUGUUUCACUAUGACUGUCUCCUCCAAGCAGUUUUCCCUAACCUUCCUGCCUAUAAGCAGGCAAAACUUGAAGAUCUUCAGAAGAAGCUGGCAGCUACCAGCCAGCCAUCCAAGAGCCACCAUCGUCCCAAGGAUGCAGACACCAUUAGCUUGGGGAAGGGGCAGCAGAGCCGGGAACAGAUCAAAGCUGACAUUGAUGAUAUUGUGGCAGCUGAAUGUGUGUACUGUGGUGAGCUGAUGAUCCGGUCCAUUGACAAGCCUUUUAUUGAUCCCCAGAAGUAUGAAGAGGAGAUGCAAAGCUGGUUGUAAUUUUCCAAAUCUUCAACUGUCAAACAAAUUGUGAAGCUUCUGUGGUGGGGAUAUAACCUCCAACCUCCAGGAGCAGGAACACAGUGACUUCUGUGCAACUCUAAACAAAGGGUAGUGCAGACUUUUUACCAGGGUUAGGGAGAACUAGUCUUGAGAAGUGGGGAGAUAUAGUUGUGGCUGUCUAAGAACUUUAACAAUACUUAGAGCUAACCUACUGGAAUAUAUUUAGCAGAUGUUUCUGCUUGCAGUUCUUCUGAGGUUCUCAGUGUGAAGCUAAAUGGAGUGCCUUUUUGUCCAGAAGGAAUUGGGAGCAGCCUGUGAUUUAUCUGCCCUGUUGUGUGGUAUUUGUUUUGGUGAAGACAAGCUGAAACAGAAAGGUAGUGAAGGCCACUAAGCAGUGUAGUCUUCAUUCAUCACUUUCAAAGCUAGAAUUGCCCUCUCUUUCCUUUUUGUUGAGAGUCUAUAACCACAUACAUAGAACAUGAAAGGACAGAAGAUUUGACAUAUUUAUAUUUUGCAAGCAUCAUGCUACACAAAUACAUGUUUCUACACAAUGUGAUACAAGAAUGUGUAUAAUUUAUUAUUCAAUUAUACAAUCUUGCAGGAAAAUUAUAAAAGUAAUUUCUUUGCAAUUCAAGGUGUAUAAUUUUCUUUCUCACAAGCUUUAUGCAUGAGACCAGACGCAUUUGGAUUUUCUGUAGGUACUAUUUCUCAGAAUGCCUGUUCACCACUCCUCUUUCCAUCCUGUUUCUACUAUAACUGCCUUUGUAUUGUGGGUCUUGGUUUUCUCAUCACCCCAAACCAGAACUGAUAGAUGCAGUACUAAGGUUUCAACUGGCACUCUGCAAGCAGGAGCACAAUCUGUUUGUAUAUCUUGCUGUGGUUCUCUUCAAGCUGCACUUGAGCAUUAGACUCAAGAUCUAGUCAGAGGUUUGCUCAAGGGUAGUCUACAGAAAUGUUCUGUUGGUGUGAGAUUUGCUUUGCCCUUUGAAGCUAGUACCUUGUGCCUAAACAGUCUUUUGCCUUCCACUUUUUGGUGGUGGCUGCAAGUCAGUGCAUCUAUUGGUCCAACUUGGAAAAUUUUUCCAAGAAGGUAGCAAUCACUACGCUGUGAGUGAGAGAAAAAAAAAUUUUCAUUAGCAGUUUAGCAAGGGUUCCUUGUUUCGUUUUAGAAAAAUAAGAUUUUAAUUAGGUUUUGCUGUUUGGGACUGAAUCACAAAGGUAGUAAUUGACAGAAGAAUUGAAUGUUCUAAAAGAAAAAAUAUAAUUCUUGUAAUUAAGGCAAUAGAAAAUACUGUCUUCUGAAAAACCACCUCAGUUCUUUCACAUGAAUAUGUGUGCUUGUCUUGAAUACCUCUCUUAAUCUUCUCUUAAUCUCCUAACCACUUACCCUGUUUGUACGGUUGUAGAAAUGGGUCUUCAUGUUAUUGUAGGAGAAUAUGUAUUGGUUUCCUCAAAGAUCUGACCUAAGAAUUCAGAGUUCAGAACUUCAGAAGAACAUCUAUGUUUUUGUUGGGAGCAUCAGCCUGGAACAAAUUAAUUUUAUCUGUGUAAAAUGACACAAGUAAUAAAAACAGAUAUGAAAGUAUGAAGACCUGAGGUUUCAAGAUCCUCUUUUCUUUGAUGGAGCCAUGGGAUAGGCAGUCCCAUUACCACCUGGUGGUGUGUGUUUGCUGGCUUGUCAGAAAGCACUUUUUCGGUGGUUCAGAAAACCCACAUGCUGUCGUUUUCUUUGGCUUUCAUAGCCUUUUACUUUGAAUAAGUUAGUGGGUCUGGCAGAAGAAUUUGUGAUGAAAACUAAAUGUGAUGUCUUUUGAAGUUUACCAUUAAACCUGUUAUAACUGGCCACUCCUGUGAAUCAUCAUCUUUUCCUGUAAGCAGUGUGAUAUUUAAGGUUGUACAUGUCAUUGUAAACCAACAGUAGCCUCCCCCCCAAACCAAUUCCUGGUCAAAGGUAAGUGACUGUUUUCUGCCCUUUAGCAGAACAUGGCUAUCAGCUCAUUCUGAUGCAGGGGUAAUUUCAGAUUAUUUUGACAUGUUCUUAACACUUGUUCCAUCUCUUUUGGGUUUUUACAGGAUGCUUUCCCGGUAUAUUAGAAUUACUACAGUUCUCCAUGCUUUUCCUGUUUGUGCUAGAGAAGUCUCAUCACUAAACAGACCAUUGCAGAAUGAUCUGCUUGUCCCUAGUAUUGGAAGAAGCUGUGGGAAAUGAGGCAUAAUAAGUAAAUAAAAACUCUCUAGUCUUUGCCUGAGAUUGGGUGGUGGGGUAAAGGCACCUCUGCUUCCGGUCAUGGGUAUUAAUAGGUCUCAGUUAACAAAACUAGAAGUAGGUAUUUUUUAAUUACUAGUAUGCAGUAUUCUGAGGGCUCUGGCACAUGCCCCAGAUACAUGUACCUCAAAUCUCAUUCUUCCUCACCAUUGUUAACUGAAAAAUCAUUUAAGUGGUUUGUUGUGGAGGUUAUAGAGAGUGUUACUGCUGGCAAAGACUGCAGUAGUGAUUAAAUGACUAGUGCCAAUAAUACAAAAAGGUUAAUAAAAAUAUCUUCCGAA